AUGAACCCAGAGGUGAGACAGGUGGCCAUGUGGGAGCGGCUGCGCAACGAGGCACGGCAGACAGACCAGCUCAUUGAUCAGCAGCUUCGAAAGCUGGAGGUGUUGGCACUUUUUGAUGAAGAAAAGAUUAUUGAAAGCGCAGCCGCCUCGUCCUCUAUGAAGGGCGUCGCCACUUCGAGCUCGGUAGCCCCAGCAGUGCCUGGCUCGAGCUCCAGUCUUCUGCACUGUAGUGGCACUAGUCCGCCCCCAGCGUCCACGAUGUCGUUCGAAGAUUUGGAGUCUCAGUACCGCGGGGCUGACCGCGACAUCGACGAGUUUCUCCGUCGGCUAGAGCAAAUUGUGCUGAGCAUGGAGGAGGCGUGCAGAGAACUCGGCCCCACCUCGGCGGCAGCGCGACACACCGAGCGCUUCCGAGGAAUAUUGACUGAGAAGCAGCAGGCGCGUCGUCGUCUUGCGACGGAGUUCCGACAGCGAAAGGGUCGCUAUGAACUGGCUGCGUCGCGGCUACCGGGGGAUGCGCGACGGCGAGGUGGCCCUGUCGACGAUGACGGUAGAGGCGGUGUGCGCAUCCUCAUGGACGAGCAGGUGGCCAUUCAGCACACGCUAAACCGCGUGAAUGGUCUGCUGGAGCAGGCGGAGGGCACGCGAGAUCGACUGCGCAUGCAGCGCGACCGCUUCAACCAAAUAGGUGACAAGGUGCUGCACAUUGCCGAGCACAUUCCAUUUGUGCAGAACCUUGUCCGCCGCAUCGACGUGCGACGGCGACGCGAGGUGGUGGUGCUGGGUACCGUGAUCUCGUCUCUCAUGUUCAUGUUCUUCUUUUUCCUAUAG